UCUAUAGAAACAGGGAUGAAGCUAGGAUUUUUGGGUAGGAAGGACCAAUAAUUUUUUAUUAUUGCAACAAAGUAAUAGAAAAUAUCACUUCCGAAUUAUACACAACAUUUUUUAUUAAAAAACUGCAUAAAAUUUGUGCAAUCUAAACAUUAUGAUAUAUCUCGUCCAAAAUAUUUCAUCAUGCAACAUAUUAGUUUUAGGGUUUGUGUACAUUAUACCAUAAGAACAAAAUAAGAAUCCGAUAAAAAUUCACUUAGGAAUUACAUAAAAGUUCACCUUAAAAUGUGAAAUAAACUGGAAAAAAAUGGACAUAACAAAGCUUGAAAUUAUAUGAAAAAGGUAAAAUUCACCUUAAAAUGUUAAAUAAAUGGGGAAAUGAACAUAAAAUAAACUAAAAAUGGUACAAUAAAGAUUGAAAUUGCAUGAUUUACCAUUCAAAUGUAAAGGAAGCUGUAAAAUUGAUAUAUCAAAUUCUGAAAGUAAAUGGACAUAAAAUAAAAAAAAUUGCAUAGCAAAGUUUGAAAUUACAUGAAAGUACAUAGAAAAAAGAACGUAGAUGUGGGCAUCAAACCCUGGCCAAUUCUUUCGACAGGCAACUAUUAUCUCUCUUUUAACCAUUAGGCCACUGAGGUAAGACCGUAUGAGUUUGGCCAUCAUUGACCAAAACAUGAAUACUUUAGUCUUCCUAGCACCAUCUAGAAAAAAGAACAUGAAAAAAUAAGUGUUGUGGAGUUUCUCCCACAACACACAGUAAUUAGUGGAGAACUGGAGAUCUUUCCCCAUUUUACUAAUCUCUCUCUAGUAACAAUAGCAUCAAGAAGAACUAUUCAUGGAAUAAAACUAAACCAGAGAAUGUAGUCUUCCCCCAAUCCACUUUAUGAUGCUUCUUCUUGAUCGUCUCCCAGACUUGGGUUAAUUCUCUAAAUAUUGUUUUUUUAAUUUACCACGAAUAUAGUGGUUUAAAAAUUAUUUACAAGAAUAUUGUUUUUUGGUAUGUUUAAAGCGCUAAAGCCUUAGACUCAGGCGCGGCCGCUAGGUGCUGUUUUUUCAAGAAAAUCCAGUGGCGGUGCCCGAGACUGGGGCUUUUGGCCUUUAAAAAUUGUGAAAGAAGCGCCGCCCCAGACUGGGGCUUUGUCGCUGCCUUUUUCUUCCACUCCAGCACCACCCUACACCAUAUAUACUACACCUUUCCUUUGGUUCUUCACCACCAAAAAACUGAAAGAAGUUCCGAAAGAAGCUCUGGUGUUGCUGUCUAGUUGCUAGGAAGAUGGCUAAUAAUAGGUAAGAGUCGUAAUUUUUUUUCCAUGUAUUCAUCAUAAUGAUUUUGUCCAGUUAGUAAUUAGUGAGUUUGUUUUUUAUGUAGUGGUUUUAGAAGAUUUGAACUAGCUGUUCGGUGGAAAUCAGAGAAAGUAGAGGACAAUUUGGGUGUCCACUUUGUUGGUGGUGUAAGUUUUCAUAUGACUAUUCCAUCGAGGGUGAACUAUCAGAAACUUUGUGAUAAUCUAAUUCGGAGAAUACGGCGUAGAGACGAAACAGUACAAGAUAGUGUUGUGAUUACAGGUUUCACUUACUGUCUUCCAGAAUGGCAAAAUGAUGUUUUAUUUCAUUAUGCAAUGCCUAUUGUCGAUGAUGAUAGCUUAAUGUGCUUUGGAAUUUUAUGGCACAAAAUCCUUAUUGUUUGGGUGCUGAGAUACAUGCUGAGCUCAGUGAGGAUCGGGGUGGAGAGGAAGAAGAUGACACAUGGAGCAUGCCAUCCGAUCAUGACUAUGAUGACGGAGAGGAGAAAGACGAUUAUGAUGAUGAGGAGGAGGAGGAGGAGGAGGACGACAACGGGGAGGGAGGAGAACAACUUAAUUAUCCUCCAUAUUUUUACUUGCAGGGUAAUGAAGAGGACGAGGAAUUAUCAUAUGCUGAUUCAUAUGGCGUAAUUCGAGGGUCUAUUGUUGGUGGUUUUGAUGGAGAAUUCUACAAGGGGCAAAUAUUUCACUCGAAACAAGCUGCACAGGUGGCGAUUAAACACUAUGCACUACAACGCAACUUUCAGUAUAACGUGGUGGAGUCGUCACUUUCAAUAUGGAAGAUCAGAUGUUUGAUGCACAAGGAGGACAAAUGUCCUUGGAUGGUGCGGUUUGGAUGUCGAGAUGUGGGAGGCGAUUGGAGCGUGAGAAAGGCCGAGUUGGUGCAUACUUGUAGCAGUACGACUCAACCGACGGAUCAUCGCCAUCUUGAUGUUGACGUUAUAUCUGAGUCCGUGAAACACUUGGUACGUGCUCAACCAAAUUUGAGUGUUCUAACUGUGCAGGCCGAGUUGAAAGAUAAGUUUAAUAUGCAAGUUACUUACAAGAAGGCUUGGUAUGGGAAACAAAGUGCAUUGGAGAAGUUGCAUGGAAAUUGGGAAGAAUCCUACGAUUUUUGCAAACAUUCUUGCGGGUGGUCAAGAGAAAAAUGCCAACAUCGGUGAUUGAUUGGGUAAGAGUUCCUUCGACUCAACCAGAUCAUUCGAUAUUUCAGCGAGUAUUUUGGGCUUAUGGACCUUGUAUAGAUGGAUUCAAGAAUUGUCCAGGCGUCAUGGUUGUUGAUGGAACAUUUCUUACUGGGAAGUAUAAAGGAGUGUUACUCAUGGCGAGCUCAUUUGAUGGCCGAAAGAAGAUUUUUCCAAUUGCAUUUGCCAUAGUGGAGAGUGAGAAUACUGAUAGUUGGCCAUGGUUCAUAAUUCACGUUCAAGGUUUGACUGAUCGAAAUGAUGUCUGCAUCAUCUCAUAUAGACAUGCAGGACUCUAUGAAGCCAUGAAUAACAUCGGAAGAGGUUGGGAGUGGAGGUGGUGCAUGCGACACUAUGCAAGCAAUUUGCAAAGGAAGACUAAAAACAGAAUUAUGUA